AUGGACCCCGAGUAUGUCUUAUGCAAUUGGAAAGGCCACUUUUGGCCAGCAAGGGUUUCGUCCAGAUCUGGAACCUCACCAAAAAAUAAGAGGAAAAAGCCAUGUUCUCUACAAGUUGAAAUACUCUCAGUAGGCAAAAAAGUUAAAGUGAACAGCAGAGAAGUAAAGGCCCUAAGUGAGUCUCAAAUUGAGUCCAUUUCCUCCUCGAUCAUGGCCCGAUCAAAGGCCAGCCUCCCAGCAGGACAGAGAGUGGCCUACAGAAGCGCUCUUACACUGGCACUGGAGAUCCUGAAAGAGAGAGCAAAGUUGGGCCCAUCAAGAGCAUCAGAUGACCCAGAGAUGACUACAAUGUCUCAAAAGGGACCACAAAAGCGAUCUCAUAAAAGGUACCGGAAGCCCCAUGGGAACUCACCGAGGUGUCUUAGCAAAAGGAAAGCCCCCAAAUCACUGUCAGGCCAUUCAGAGGGUGAGGACACCCCUGAUAGUGACAGACCACAGGCACACACAGCUGCUGCUCCUGUUCCAAGGCAAAUGCAAACAAAGUCCUCAGAGAGCUCCAGCCUGUGCUCAAACUUCCCAUUGUUUUCAGAAGAUGACCAUGAGAAAGAGGGCAAGGAAAAGACGGACACCUCAAAAGUUACAUCCUGGCAUUCUACAGUCAAGGAUAACGAUGCAGGUGCAAAAAAUGGAGGUGUCCUCCCAUCUCUGCCACCCGGUUCCAUCGUCACUGUGCCCCAGGCUCUGAAAAGAAAGGCACCACACAGCACCUGCCCAAAGGCCCUGGCUGUCUCCUCUGAGUCAUCUGCCUUCUCUGGGAAUGUUGAGGACCCUGGAGAGGGUGCCUGGAAGCCAGGCUCCACAGGUGCGGCAGCAUCCUCCAGUGCCCCUAACCUGAGGCUGCGGCGUUCACGCCGUUUGGCAAGCAAACCAAGGAAGCGGUGGGCGCCAGAGUUUAAGAAAAGACAGCCAAAACCUCAACCUUCAGUUGACUCAAAGGCUGUUAACCCCACCACCGCUAUGAAGAAGGAUGUCGCCAAGGAUAUGGGACAAGCGAUAAGCAUGGCUUUCCCACAGGAGCCACGUCCCAUUGAAAGAGGAAUGGUGGUCUGGUUUAAAUUUCAAAAUCACCCAUUUUGGCCAGCAGUGGUGAAGAGUGUCAGCCACACAGAGCAGACCGCAAGGGUGCUUUUGAUUGAUGCAAACAUGCUCCCUGAACGGAGCGGCAUUCGUGUGCCUCUUCGGAGAUUAAAGCAUCUAGAUUGUGAACAGAAAGAGAAACUAAUGAAGAGAGCCAGGAAAGUGUACGAGCAGAGUGUGAACUGGUGCUUCUCCCUGAUUUCCCACUACAGAGAAGGGCUGGGUCGUGGGUCUUUCGUGGGUUCUUUCUUGGACUACUAUGCUGCCGAUAUCAGCUACCCAAUUAGGAAAGCCAUCCAAGAGGGGGAUCUGGAGAUUGAUUUCCCAAAGGUGAAUUAUGCUGACCUGGAAGAUUCUGAGGAGGAGAGCUCUGUGGGUGGGAAGAGGCCCUGCAAGAAAAUUCUCCCUGACCGGAAGAAGGCUGCUCGGGACCGAGACAACCAGAAGCUCGUGGACUUCAUUGUGAAAAGAAAGGGGGCCGACUCCCAUCUUCUGGACAUCGUCAAAGGUAGGAAGCAGUCCAGGUGGCUGGUGUCAUUUCUGAAUUCAAGCAGGUAUGUGAUCUGCGUUGAGACAUACCUGGAGGAUGACGAUCAGUUGGAUGCCGUGGUAAGGCAUCUACAAGAGAUCUACAAGCAAAUAGACAAGAAUGCGCUGACUCUGACAAGAGACGACAAAGUGAGUUUUGUUCUGGAAGUCCUUCUGCCAGAAGCCAUCAUUUGUUCGAUUGCUGCACUUGAUGGGUUAGAUUACAAGAAGGCAGAAGAAAAGUACCUGCGAGGGCCACCUGUGCAUUACCGGGAAAAAGAACUGUUUGAUAAAAAUAUCUUAAAGAAAAUAAGAAAGAGACCGGCCAUCAGGAGCAAGGCUAAAUAA